UUGAGGCCCAAGAGCCGUGGCGAAAUACGUUUGAGGAACACCAACCCGUUCGAGCAUCCCAUGAUCUUGUCCAACUACCUGACGGCCAAGGAGGACGUGGACACGUUGGUGAGGGGCAUCAAGUUUGUGAUGGCCAUGGCCGAGACCGAUUCUUUCCGCCAGCACGACAGCCGCCUGCACGACGUACCGUUCCCCAGUUGCCAGACCUUGCAGCGACAUUCGGACGACUACUGGGAAUGCAUGGUCCGGCAUUACACCGUGUCCACAUACCACCCAGUGGGUACAGCCAAGAUGGGUCCAGAGGGGGACAAGACCGCCGUGGUGGACCCAAAGCUCCGGGUGUACGGCGUUUACGGACUCCGUGUGGUGGACGCGUCCGUCAUGCCUACACUGGUCGCCGCCAACACCAACGCGCCGGUCAUAAUGAUCGCCGAGAAGGCCGCGGACAUGAUCAAGGAAACAUGGCGUGAUGAGAUACUGCAAAGUGUCAACAAACAUGAUAUCAUCACAACGCACGCGGAGAUAUUGAAGGAUAAAAAUAUAUUUUAAUUUUUUUUUAAAUCCAUAUAUUUUUAUAAUAAUUAUUUAAGAACAUUUCAGUCCACUUGAAAGUACAAACUUUUAUAUUUA